AUGGAGAACUUGUUGGAGUGCUCGGCCUCCGGGGAGAGGCUGGUGUCGGCGGUGAGAGAUGGGGACCUGAUUGAGGCCCGGAUGCUUCUCGAGUUCAACCCAAGCCUUGCCAAGUACUCCACUUUCGGUGGCCUUAAUUCCCCUCUCCAUUUCGCUACUGCGAAGGGCCAUUCUGAGACUGCGUUGAUGCAAGCUUGCCGAUAUGGGCAUUGGGAGGUAGUUCAGACUCUACUGCUCUACAGAAGUAAUGUAAUGAGAGCAGAUUAUCUGAGUGGUAGAACAGCUCUGCACUUUGCUGUAGUGGAAGGGCACAUUCGAUGCAUUUGGCUAUUGGUUGCAGAUUUCAUUCCUAGUGCGCCAUUUGACUCGGCUGCAGAUGGCGACAAAGGUGUUGUCCAGAGAACCAACCCUGAUUCCUCUGCGCUAGUAAGAUUUAUCAAUAAGGUUGCUGAUGGUGGCACUACGACCCUCCAUAUGGCUGCAUUGAAUGGGUACUUCGAUUGUAUGCAACUCCUACUUGAUCUACAUGCUGAUGACUUAGUGGUGACCUUCCAUUAUGGCUCUAGCUUGCCGUUCUGCGGUGUGGGCGCUUUGGUGCAUCACGCUGAAGGUGUUGUCGUUCAUUCAUGUGCACGCAUGCAACAUCUUGAUGUGGACGUGUGCAUGCUUAUCGCUCUCAUAAAUAUGUACUCCAAGUGUGGCUGUGUUGAUCAAGCUGUUGAAGUCUUUUGUUCCAUCGAAUGGAGAUGGAGACUAUAG